AGCAGCAGCAGCAGCAAGAGCAGCCAGGCUUGCAACGGAAGGCCUGGCUCUCGAGAAGCUGCUCCAGUUUGCUGGAUGCCAUCCCCGGGCGGCCCAUAAUAUCUUGCCAAGCCUGCCUGCCGGGUGGGUGGUCCCGACCAGCGUGAGCCAUGAAGGUUUGAACUCUCCCGUGAGGAAGCGCCUCUCUGUCACCGGUUCGGCUUCAUGCAGAUGGAUGCUGGAGAUGCCAUGUUGGGAACAAAGCCGGGCCCAGUGCAGAUUGUGCUGGUGCACAAAGACCAGCACUCCUUCGAGCUGGAUGAGAAGGCACUGAGCCGUGUCCUGUUGGCUGAUGCCAUCCGUGACCUUGAUGUGGUGGUGGUGUCGGUGGCUGGUGCCUUCCGCAAGGGCAAAUCCUUCCUCUUGGACUUCCUCCUGCGUUACCUCUACACUCAGAAAGAAGGGGACAGCACCAAUUGGCUGGGUGAGCAGGAGGAGCCCCUGACAGGCUUUUCCUGGCGUGGGGGCUCUGACCCUGAAACCACCGGCAUUCAAAUCUGGAGCGAAGUGUUCAUCGUGGAGAAACCGAGCGGGAAGAAGGUGGCAGUUGUGCUGAUGGACACCCAAGGAGCCUUUGACAGCCAGUCGACCGUCAAGGACUGUGCCACCAUCUUUGCACUCAGCACCAUGACAAGCUCUGUUCAGAUCUACAAUUUGUCCCAGAACAUCCAGGAAGAUGAUCUACAGCAGCUACAGCUCUUUACAGAGUACGGGCGCCUGGCCAUGGACGAGAUAUUCCUCAAACCGUUCCAGACCUUGAUGUUCCUGGUCCGUGACUGGAGUUUCCCCUAUGAGUAUUCGUAUGGUCUAGAAGGAGGCAUGCAUUUCCUGGACAAACGUUUGGAGGUGAAAUCUCACCAGCAUGAGGAGAUCCAGCAUGUCCGGAAGCACAUCCACUCCUGCUUCACCAAAGUGAACUGUUUCCUCCUGCCCCAUCCAGGGCUCAAAGUGGCCACCAGCCCGAACUUUGAUGGGCGUCUGAAAGACAUUGCAGACGAGUUUGAAGAUCAGCUGAAGAAGCUGAUCCCAUUUGUGUUGGAUCCUGGCCAGCUCUUGGAGAAAGAGAUCAACGGUUCCAAAGUUACCUGUCGAGGCUUGCUAGAAUACUUCAGGGCUUAUAUCAAGAUCUACCAGGGGGAAGACCUGCCUCAUCCCAAGUCCAUGUUGCUGGCCACUGCUGAAGCCAACAACCUGGCCGCUGUCGCUUCGGCCAAGGACAUGUAUUACACCAAUAUGGAAAAGUUAUGCGGUGGGGACAAGCCGUAUGUUGCACCAGAGGUCCUGGAGGAGAAGCAUCGCGUCCAGAGCGCGUUGGCCCUGCAGCACUUCCAGUCCAUCAAGAAGAUGGGGGGCAAGGAGUUCAGCCAGCGCUACGAGGAGGAGCUUGUGAAGGAGAUGAGCGAGCUCUACGAGGACCUCUCCAAGCACAACCAGAGCAAGAACAUCUUCAACACCUUCCGGACGCCAGCCAUCCUCUUCAGCCUCAUCAUCGCGCUCUACCUGGGCUCCGGCCUCACAGACUACAUCGGCCUUGGCUUCGCAGCCCAGCUCUGUAACUUCGUGGUGGGGCUGCUCCUCCUCUCCCUCCUGGCUUGGGGCUACAUCCGCUAUUCUGGCCAGUACCGCGAACUGGGCGUCAUCAUUGACACCACUGCUGAGUUUGUGCUGGAAAGGGCCACCAACCGCACAAACAGCUCUACCCAGAUUGCGGAUGCAAGCAGCUCAUCGUCCAGGAAAGCUUUUGAGGACAAGAAAAUCAAGUGAGCUCGUAAUAGGAAAAGGAAAAAAAAACCCCAAAACUCCGGCUGAAGCGAUGGUCUUGCUGCAGCCUGCAAACCCAGGAACCGCUUGCAGGGCUUCUAGAGAGCAACUCUGAGUCUCCGGCUCCGGAUGUUAUUCCUUUCCCUUCCCUCCCCUUUACAGUUAAUCUUUUCUUCUUUUUAAAGAACCCCUUUCCCCCUUUUUUAAUAUUUUCUUUGCUUCCCUCACUUAAAAAAAGAAGCAGCUUUAAAGUUUGUUCUGAACCACUUAGUGCCUUCCUCACAGGGGCGGAGGACCCCCCUCCCCAGUGUCACAUGCUGAUCUUGUUCUGAACCUGAUCUCCUUCUGGAUUCUUGUUGGUAAUGAGAGGCAGCUGUUAUUCUGCUCCUCCCAAAAAGAACCUGGAGCAGCAAAAACCAAAACCACGAACAACCCUGAUGCUUCUCUUUAUUGCUGCUGGGUCUCCUCCUUUUGGGAUAUUUUUCCCAAAGUGGAAAAUGGGGAUUUUUGUGGGGUGUGUCAGGGCAAAAUCCAAAUCAAAUAACUCUAUAACUCUUCUUCCCCUUUCUGUGCCUUUGUGAAGCUGAAAAAGCACCGUUGUGCCUCAGGCCGUGGAGGGAUCUUUCGCUUAGCCGGCCGUUGCCUUAGCCAACCUAUCCCGGUGGGCUUCUUUUGGGCAGAAAGGCAGGCCAGAUUCGUUGAGAUUCCCGCCAUCGUGGCGAUGGUCUUGGUUCCCAGCGCUGGCCCUGGUUUGCUCUGCAGGUUCCUUCUCAGAUGCGCUUAUACCUGUGAUACGUCGUGAACAUGUAGAACCUCGCUUGUUCCAACAGGCUGCCGCUGCAGGCUUCUUUGUCCCUGCAGGAAGGGAUGAGCAGGGCAGGCAGGCAAAUGCCUGUGGCGCUGUUGUGUCCUCCGUCAGAGGGGUUGUAUCCAGUGCUAGUCCUACUCAGGGUAGACCCGUUGAAGGUAAUGGACACGGCUAGCUUAGGUUCAUUAAUUUCAAUAGGUCUGCUCUGAGUAGGACUUAGUUGUGCACGAUCCAGAGGCUGCACCCAGAGAGAGCCAGUGUGAUGCCUUCCAGAUGUUGAUGGGACUCCACUGGUCAUGCUGGCUGGGACUGACGGGAAUUGGAGUCCAACCACAUCAGGAGGGCACCACGUUGGCUAACUCCACCCUAAGCAGCGAUCCAGGCACCUGGGAGUGUGCCUAGAUCGAUCCUGGCAGCCCCUGACCUAUCAAGCCAAGCACAGCCCAAUUGGCGAGUGUGAUGGCCUCCUAUGUGGGAUGGGGCUGUCCGUCUGGCAGUGCAAAAAAGCUGGUGGGCUUGGCAGGUGAUGUAUUGUGCAAGCCUGCUGCGGAUAUUGACCUGUUGGUCAGGUGCAGUAGGGAACCGGUGUCCCGCCAGCUGUUGCUGAACUACAUCUCCCAUCAGCCCCAGCAAGCAUGGCCAAUGGCCAGGGCUGACGGGUUGCAGUUCAGCAACUUCUGGAGGGCCACAGGUUCCCCACACCUGCUCUAAGGUUUGUUUGAGGGUGGGCGCGGAAGGUGGCAGAGUGUCCCCCAUUCCGUACAGCGCUCAAAGAGAUCUCCCUUCACCCUGCUAGUCUUCCUCCUUGCUUCCACAGUCAGCCAGAACGAAACCCGCCACACUCCGCUGAGAAAGUCCAGUCUUGCUUGGAUGGCGGAAAUGUCUGUUUGGGGGUUUGGUUCUCGUUUUAGGUCAGGAGUCUCUCUCCUACCUGAUUCCUGGGUCUGCAGCAAAAAAGGAAAGGAAUAUUUUUCUGCUCAGAGCUCUUGGUUACCCCGGCCUAAUAUCUCUAGCUUCCUCCCUCCCGCGGGUUUUAAUAGCUUUGAGGCCGCUGCUCGUGUGUCGGCCUUGCCUUUUGCUGCUUUGCCAUCUCCCCCUCGUCCUUGCAGCUGAAAGAAUACUCUGAUUUUCAGAAAGCACAAGAUACAAGUGGCUUCUCGGCCAAUUGAAUGGUGGAGGGGGAAUUGGCCUGGCACAACAUUCCUCCUUGUUUUAAUCCUGUUCCAAUUUGUGGGGUGGCCUCCAUCGUGGGUCUUCCCCCUUUUCUGUUCAGCAGCGUUUGCCUGGUAGUAUGUCACGUUGCACCAGGUGUGGGGAACAUGUGGCCCUCCUGAUGAACUACAGCUGCCAUCAUCCCUGGCUGUUAGCCAUGCUGGCUGGGGCUGAUGGGGGUUGUAGUUCAGCAACAUCGGGAGGGCCAACAGCAUCCCACCUCGGCACGGCACCUUUCCCAACGUCACAUGGACGCGUUGCUGGUUUACACUGUGUGUGAGAGAGUGAGAGAGCACCCACCAGAGGGGAGAUAACGCUGUUUUUUCAAGGGCAUGGCGGCAACAGAGCCCUCAACGCCAGUUUAGCUGGAGCUCCAGGCUGAUUUAUCAGAGGAGGAGAAGAAAAGGGUGGAAUCCCGUCUCUCAAAAGGGAUUUUUUUUUUGCAUCACAUUCCCCUUGUUUUAUUGGAUGUGAAUGGGCAACUCCUCUAUUUACUUGUGCCUGUGUGUGGGCGGCUUUGUACAUUAACCUGGUUGCGGGAAGGAGGGCAUCCUGUUCUUGGCCCUGUUGCUGUAGCCCAUGCUUUGCCAACCUGAUGUCCUCUAGAUAUUGUCGGGUUGCGACUCCUAUCAUCCCCAUGCUCUGGCCAGGGCUGAUGGGAGUUGUAGUCAACAUCUGGAGGGCACCAUGUUGGCAAAGUCUGCUGCUUUCGAAGAUGUAGCUCUGCGCGUGUGUGUAUGUGAGAGAGAACGCAAGCGGGCAACCUGUUUGCACCCCUGUCUUGCCCUUGUUUUUUCUCAAAAUGUUCUGCCAGCGGCACAAAACAGACAGUGGAACUCAGCUUCCACACCUUCCUUCCUGCAUCCAAGUAAUGUGUGGAGUCAGGCUGUGUGGAAAUCUCCCUCCUCUCACCACUCACACACUUGCUCUCAUUUUCUCUCUCGCUGCUGCGGGCUGUGUUGCACAGCAUGGAUGUGCCCCUCUGUGUGUGUGACCUUGAAAUCGGUUUGAAGCUCAAAUCGGUUUGGAAAGGAACCAGCUGUCUCCAAUUCCCUUUUGAAAAACCACGGGGUCUUCAAAGAGGGAGGGGAGCUCUAAGUUCAAAUCGGUGACCUGCUAUUUUGCCCCCACCGGAGAAAUCAUUUUGUUGAUGACUGCUGGGAACAAUAGGGGAAAGGAUAUCUGUGUCACGUGCUUGUACAGCCAGGUUGCACGAUCAGUCAUUUCUGCUGUCAGGAGCCUGUCCGUGCCUCCCUGUCUGAAGAAACGAUCUCUGUGACUGUGUUAGUCAUUAUGUUACAACCUUAAACCAGGGACCAGUGCUGGGUGGGGGGAGGGGAUGUAGAUGCCAAAUUGUAUUUAUAAAGCGCAAAAGAAAAAAAAUGCAUUCCACUUCGCAACUGCAAAAAUAAAGACCAAGAAACGGAAA